GUUAAAAUCUUUAGAGAGUUACUUACAUACGACGUACAGGUAUGAUUUAAAGGUGAUUGUCAGUUGUGGCGGGAGUUUGAGAUAUUGGGAAAAUACAGAAAGAUUCAACUAAGGUUCGUCGAAAAUGAAGCCUACCAACUUGGCGUUCCUUGUGUUUGGUAUUACGGGGCUGCUUCUUGUUUUUAUUCUGGGAUAUUUUUCAUCGUCAGAAAAAAUAUAUUUCACUGAUGUUCAUCCACAUAUAAAGAACAGUGACACACAAACUACUUCAUUUAAUGGUGAAUCAAAUUCCAUCAAUAACAAAACUUUGGUAAUCUUGUGGUACAACAUUCCAUUUUAUUUAAAGUCUUCAGUGACAUAUUUUCAAGCGAACAAGUGUAACAAUUUUAGAUCUACCUGUAUAUUAUCAACCGUUCAUUCUGAUAUACUUAGAAGUAGUGGUGUUAUCUUCACUCAUUCAACUCUACCAAGAACUCCUCCCAUGAAGAAUACAUCUCAAGUCUGGAUUUUUAAUACUCUGGAAAACAAAGCAUUCACACAUUGGCCAAAUACCGCCUGGGACUAUAAAUUCGAAUGGACCAUGUCUUAUCGUAAAAAUGCUGACGUUUCAAGACCGUAUGGAAAAAUCAUAAGACUGGACAAAAGUAUACAUAGAAAUUACUCUGAGGUUUUUCGACAGAAGACAAAAUUCGGUGUUUGGAUGUCUGGUCACUGCCCUGUUCCAUCUCGUCGUAAAGAAUACAUCGAACAAUUAAAGAAGUACAUAGAUAUUGACACGUUUGGAUCGUGUGGAAAAAAGAAGUGCGGCGUUCGAACUCCUGCGAUGAAUGAGUGUCUGAAGAAUUUCUCCAGGGAUUAUAAGUUUUAUUUCUCCUUCGAGAAUAAUAUUUGUAGAGAUUACUCCACAGAAAAAGUAUUUAACUUAUAUCAAUACAAUUUGAGCAUCAUACCAGUUGUAAAUGGUCCACCUCAAGCAGGUGAAUAUUUACCUAAGGGAACUUUCAUAAACGCUUUAGAUUUUACGUCUCCGGAAAAAUUGGCCAAAAAACUUAAAGAAAUUGGAUCUAGUGAAAAAUUAUAUACUCAAUAUUUGAGAGAAAAAGAUAAAUAUGGUUCUUUAAAUAACUCUGAAAUAUUUCGCGAGUCAAUGUGUUCUGCUUGCAAAAAGCUAGAUCAACUAAAGGGUAAAAACAUAAUAGCAAAACCGAAAGUGAUUGACGUGUUUAAAAAUGAAUGUUAACAGUUCUAGUGAACAUUUGGAAGGAGAACUCUCACUAUCAUCAUGAACUCAUUCUAAUAGUUUCUUUAUUAUUUCUAACAUUUUAUUUAAUCGCUGAUUCCCUGAAUUUAUUAAUAAAACAAUUUGAUACUCGAAAGGACUAUAUUUGAUAUGGGCCUAAACUGGCCCCCUAAAAUGAUCAACAUCAAUUUUACUGUAAUUCUUUGUUUUCUUUGUUCAGAUAUAUAUGUGAUGUUUUUACAGAAUUUUUUUUACAUUUUGAUUCAACUGCCCACAAUUUAGAAAUAUGACAUCGUAAAGACAACCCAUUUCCGCCAUUUUUGCAUUUGUAGCAUAAAACAGCUUGUUUUAAAGCAGUUAUUCUUACAGAAGACAUAGAGCGCAUGUUUGAACAAACAAAAUAUUUUAAUCAGAGAUGUAUCUAGCCAAGGCUAAUAAGUGACAAAAAAAUUUCGUUGUUCAAGCAUGCGAUCUAUAUUUCCCAUUCAUAAAAAGAGAAGAAAAAUGUCAAUUUUUGACUGAUUUUGAUUGAACUAUAGAAACGUCACUUCUGACGUCAUAUGCUGCCAGUGAGUGCAAAUAAAUCAAAUAAAUAGGUGAAAAUAUUUUUUACAUCAACUCCUCUAAAAUAUAACUUACAUUUUAUUGUACCAGAAACACUUAAAAAAUGGUGAAUUAUGGGGCCAAAUCUUAUCAUAAGGUUUUUUUUAUUAAAUCUAAGCUUUUAUGACUAAUUUUUCUUGCUAAAUGUAAAAUGUAACUUACCUUAAAAUAAAUCGUCCGACUUUUCAUCAAUAUCUGAUAAAAGUAAAUAUCGGAGAAGUAUUGCUACAGAACAAGUAGCACAGUUUGUACGAGAUAUAUAGAAAAGAGUCUUGUUCGUAAACAACUGUUCUGCUUUUUUGCUAUAGACAAUGUCAAAUAAGAGUCACUAAAAACUAAAGGUGAUAAAUAUUAACUGAGGUAAUUCUAAUCAAUGUACAGAACAUCUGCAAUAAAAUUAAGUACCAGGACCAUAAAUCAAACAUAUCAAACAUCUGCAAAACAAUGAUGUACCGAGACCUAAAAUUAAACUAAAACAAACAUCUACUCUACAAAUAUGUACCAGGACCUUAAACAAUUCGAAAAAUAUCUAUAUACAUGAAUAUCUAUAUCAUUCAGAAGUACACUGAUCAUAGGCGUCAGAACCGCAGGGGGGGGGGGGGCUGCAUUUUGCACCAAUUAAGAAUUUCGUAAUUUUGGGGAAAUUUUUGUAGUUAAGAAUUUUUUUUUUGGAACCACAGGUAUACCCCCCACCCCAUCCCCCCCCCCCCACCCGGAUUAGGACUAUCUUGAUUUUGGGAAUAAGGUUUUUAUUUUUUUGCUUGUAAAUAUGUCUGAGUGUGGUAGAACAGAUUUAUUACUAUCUAUUUCAUAUGUAUUUAUUCGUUUUUGGAUUUUCUAUUUUCGUUUUGUGCUGUUUAUUCUUAAAUGUUAUUCAUUUAAAGUUUUAUUGCGCGCGUAUGGUUCUUUAAUUUCUAAUUAUCUAUUAGUAUAAGUAACCGUUAAAACUAAGUAAAAUUGGGCAGUACUAGUAUUUCAUUUUAAACGACGUCGGACAAUCCAGUGUAUAUCAGCUGCAUCUUGUGGUUUGUUAAUAUUAUAUUUAGUUAUAUAUUUCAUUAAUACCAUGAUAGUGAUCUUGCCAUUGUAAUUUCUGAAACUUGUUUGUAAGUUCUAAUAUUAAAUUGCUACAAAACAUGUUUUACCAUAUAAAUGAAUACUGAAGUAACGGUUGCAUUUUUAUGAACAAAUUAUCGAAACUAAAACAUAUUGAAUGUACAUGUAAAAUUGUAUUUUGUCUAAUGUAUUUUUCCUUGUUUAUAGGUCAAUGCUUUAAAACGUUUAAUAA